CAACAGAUUGAUAGUAUUCAUCGUAUUCGUAAAGAUUUGAGAAUAUCGUCGGUUUUAGCGACGAAACAUAUUGCAAAUAAGUGUGAAACCUUGUGAUAAACUUACCUUUAGUGUUAGUUAAUCUAGUACAAUUUUAAUAAAUUCAAAAUGUUUAUCUGGGAUUGGUUUACUGGCGUCUUGGGAUUUCUGGGUCUGUAUAAAAAAUCUGGAAAGCUGUUAUUCCUGGGACUGGACAAUGCUGGCAAAACAACACUUCUGCAUAUGUUGAAGGACGACAGACUGGCACAGCAUGUACCUACUUUACAUCCCACGUCAGAGGAGCUGUCGAUAGGCAGCAUGCGGUUCACGACGUUCGACCUGGGCGGGCAUCAGCAGGCGAGGCGCGUGUGGCGCGACUACUUCCCCGCCGUCGACGCGAUCGUGUUCCUGGUGGACGCGUGUGACCACAAGCGCCUUCGCGAGUCCAAGGCCGAGCUGGACUCGCUGCUGACGGACGAGACGCUCAGCAACUGCCCCGUUCUCAUCCUCGGCAACAAGAUCGACAAGCCCGGCGCCGCCAGCGAGGACGAAUUGCGCCAGUUCUUCAACCUCUACCAGCAGACCACCGGCAAGGGCAAGGUGUCGCGGUCGGAGCUUCCGGGGCGGCCGCUGGAGCUGUUUAUGUGUUCGGUGCUGAAGCGGCAGGGCUACGGCGAGGGCUUCCGCUGGCUCGCGCAGUACAUCGACUGAGCGCCACGAGUGACAACCCUACACCACCUGUCACUGUCACUCGCAUACGCUUCUCGUCACCCCUGAACUAGCCGCGUUUAGUUGAGGCUCACUGGGGCCAACUUUGUGAUCGAUUUAUCGCCCGUUCUUUUAUCUAUACAUAUUUUGUAAUCUAUGAUUCUGUACCAAGAUUUGCUCACUCGCAAUCGAGGAGUCGUUUUCGAGUAUAGAAAUACUUGUAUAUCAGAGUAAAAUUAUUAAUAUUGGAUUAAAGCUCAAAUUUGCCUACAAUUCUUUACCUAGUACUUUUAGGACCGACUCUAAAACAAGUGACUCUAGGCCUAUUUUAUUUUGACUGUAUACCACGAGAAAGCGAAUUCUCGUUUGCGAGCGAGCAAAUCUCCUACACAGGCUACAGUUCAGAAAUGCCCGGUCCUAUUAUCAUUAUUAUUCCAUAUUUUUUUUUAAUUGUCUAUUAUUAAUUUAAAUAUAACAUAUCAGUUCUUUAUCCUGUUUUAUUUAGUAGAUUUUUUGUGAUAUCAGCAGCGAUGGUUGGAAAAGGGGUUACUAAGCAAAUGAGGGCUUACAGUAUUCAUAAUAAUGAUAAAAUUUAUUCCACAACUUCUAGAGAAAUAACUAAAAAAAAACGGUACAAAGUUGUCUUAAAAAAUUGCACUGAUUACUGAUUACCAUGACAUCAGCUGUUUACAUUUAAGGUCAAAAGCCAUUUGAUUAUGGCAACGGUUAUGGUCCUAAAGGAUGUUAAAACAAUAAUUCAUAUACACGUUCAUACGCACACACUUACGUGUAAAUGUGAUUUUAAGACAUAACAAUUUUGUUGGGUUUGUAAUCUUGGUGGCUUUCAUAUAAAUAGGGUUUUUCAAAUUACGUUACAACAACUGAGGUAUUUACGAUACUUAUGUGUAUUGUGCUUUAUAAGUAUCCUUUUAUAAAGCCUCACCAAACUAAGGUUCAGCACAAAUCGAGCGACCAACUCUGUGAGCAUGCUGGAACACUUAUACCACGGAUAAUAAAAUACCGUCCUUGUCACACUGAAAUAAAGUAGUAUAUAGUAUUCAAUAUAUCAACAAACGAUAGAUAACGCAAAAUUAUAUCUUAAAUACUAUAUAAAACUCUAUUACAAUAGAAUACAGAAGAUAUUUGAUUAUCCCAGGAAAAACUUGACCCUUGCAAAUAAACGCUCGGUUUGCACUGACCCUAAGGCUAAGGCUUUAUAAUUUAUUCAAUUUGAUUAGUUAUUUUUUUCAAAAUAACUAGAAAUGUUAUUUUUCCAUGUUUUGAAUUCUGUGAAGUUGGAGGGGACUUAAAGUAUAGCAAUCUAAAUAGGGAUUUGGACAGCUGUUACUGAAUCAAAGAGUAUACAAACUUUAAUAAUGUUUUGGAUCAAAAAAGUUAAAAGAGUAAAUAUUGAUGGAAUUUAUGUUCGAUUUCUAACUAGAUCUUAAAAAAACGGUUAUAACUACUAAGAAAUUUUGUUGUACUUUGUGUAUGUAGUAGUUUGUUAUGAAACUAUUUUAACUUCAAAUUUAAGUCAUACAAUCUUUUAAAGAUUUUUGCUUACAUUUUUGGGCAUUUCUGAACAAAUAAACAAUACAGAAUAGGUAGGUAAAUUUAUUCCUACAUUAUGACUCAAGAUUCCAAUAAGUACCUAUAAUUAAUUAUUCUUUCUAAUUAGAACUUUUUGCAGCGAAUCAAAUAUCAAUUAUUUCAAGUACGCUUAUUUGAGCCCACAAACAUUACACACACACUUAACGAUUCAUAACGAUACAACCGCAAAAUUACCAGCACACGAUACUUGGAUUUCGUAUUUCAUUCGCGGGUAGAAUCGCUCGAAAAGUUCUCCGUGACGGACCUUUAAGAACGUCUUGAGUGCGAGUUGCUCAAGCGUUUUCACGAGGAAACCCUGCCAAAGGACAAUCUUUUUAUCCAGCUAAGAAAAACUAAAUUAAAUGUAUAGCUAACGUUUAGUCCUUUCAAAAAGUUAAUUCUUGUUUUGUACAUUGAACUAUAAGGUCGGGUCAAAUUCUAUGUUAGCUCUAAGUUCGUUUUCAAUUUUGGUCAAACUUUUUGAAGAUACUUGCCAAUUCUGUAAGUACAUAAAUCUCUAAAAUAAAUUCAUAAAGUAGUGGUGUCCAAAAACGGAGCUGCGAAAAGUAGUUAUAAAUAAUAAUACUUCAAUGAAUAAAGAAUAUUGAGGAACGGCCAUACUCGUACGUACGGCAUAUUAGCGUGCCAAUUUCCCAUUUCUUCUUUACAUAAAGUAUCAUCACUAAAACGGUUUGUUGGAUUUCUGUAAUCAAAUACAUAUGUUGAGCACAAUUUUUAGUGUUAUUUUGUUUAUGGCGUUUUAAUAAAACAAAUUUGCAGUAAUGGGAUGCUAGCGUGAGCCGCCAUUUUAUUAUCCACUUCAUAGUUAGAUAGGCACGUUUUUUUGAAGUUAUCAUAGAUCGUCUAAUUACUUCAUUAAGCAAUCAAUGUAUCAAGACCCGUUUUAGUAUCGAGAUUUGUGUGGAACAGAAUUGACAGUGGAAUAGGGGCUUGUCUCAUUGGCUUAGUAGUUUGCUUGACUCGGUAUAGGGUACAAAAAAUAUUGGUAUGGGGUUAAUCUGCAAAUAAAUCAUAUAUAAUUUAUCUGUAAAUAGUCGUAAGUUGAAAAUAAGUAAAUUCUCAGUACCAGCCCGGGCUUAGGAAGUUGGUGUUGUUUCAAUACCGCGCCUCGUCUCGCGAGCUCAGCCGUCGCGAGUCGGUUCUCAAUAUCAUAACUAACUCUCUAUUGGCCCCGCUGUAGACCGGUUGCUGCAGUUUAAUUAAUAUUAAAGUAUUUCUAGGUUCAAAUUAACUUGGAUGAAAAUAUAUAAAGACAAAGCUAAGUUUUUUUUGCAUGGGGUAUACCGUUUAACCGUAUUCACACACACUGUAAAUUA